CCAGCUCUUUCUGUUUACAGUUCUUGACAUUGUACUUUGUGAAAUCACCCUCGGCUGAAUAAAGCUAAAUAUUUAAAAGACACAAAAGGAAAUAGUUCGUCUCCUCAAAAGCCCACUCUUAAGUUUAACUCCCUUUUAGUGUAUUGAUAUAUUUGCGCGUGGUUUACAUACUGUAGAAUAUCCCAUAUUGGAGUGUUCUGCCCAAUAUGUCCUCAACUGACACGGACCCCAGGCGACCCUAACCUUACACGACGCGGGUCCCACUGUGAAAAAAUAACACAACAUUGCCAAGAUAGCGUAUUUACAUACAACAUCUAUCCGUAUAUCAUACGUACAUAACUGAAACUGAUGAAUGAUAGCGACUGAUUAUAGCAACAAUGGAGAAAAAAGCGUAGAGAUGUUUAAAAAAAAGACCAGUAAAACUGUUGUCCCUAUUGAUCAACAUGCUAUCUUCUUGCAAGAAUGAAAGACUGCAAAGCUUAAAGAUACCACAACGUUUAUAGAAGACACCCUACAGCAUGCAACUGUAAAGGUCGAUUAGUGCUCACAAGAAUGGUCAGUGUCUAACAAAAAGAGGACAACGCUGUUGGACUGGCUGUUAUAUUCAUACACGCAACAGUCCACACACGUUGUCAAAGAUCACAUUCGUAAGAGGAAUACGUAUUGAGGGAAUAUUAAUGGAAUCAACAACAUUUUAAGUCGUACAUGCUAUCCCUUUUUAUUGCCUCUGGUCAUGGAUGACUCAUCGUAGAAACAUCUAUCGAAAUGCAAAUGAACCAAGGGACUGUGAAAAAUAUGUAUCGUCACGCUAAUUCAUAGGCUGUAUCAAGUAACAGGUAUGAUAUAUGCAACGGCUUAUAAUAUGAGGAAGGUCCAACGCGACAUAAACCUAUAUUUGAUGAGGACAACGGUGACUUGUCUCCUUACAUGUUCUUCUAUCCCUUGUUGUCCAUUCUACAUCAUUUGUUUUACAAACCCCAUCUGAGUUGCCUCAAUAGUAUUCGCUGCUAGACUCUCGGAGGAAGGGAAGGGCAACUCUAUAGCAGACAUUGAAGAGAGAUGGUGUUAGUUAUAGCAAAACAGUGUGUUGCAGUGAUCGUAAUGGAAGGAAAAGCAAAAACAAUACACAGUCAGUAGGGUAAAAGGAUAGAGAAAGGUGAACAGGCAUGACAAAGGUGUAGUGAAUGCGGUGUAGCAAGCCUUUCCCAUUACACCUUCAUAGGGAAAAGACAUAAAAGAAUUACGCUCAAUUUCCUUAUUGGUUUAUGUAAUGCUAUUUGUCCCCACCUAAUGGAACGUUACAAGCUGUUUCCGGUAUUAUUUGGGGGAGAUAUACCAUUACAAUCGGUCAGCAACCUGCCCCAUUGGUACCAAAACUCCAAGGAUAAUGAAAUCUUCCGGGACGGAACAGGAACCAAUUCACCAAGGUCCAUAAUAUAUACCUGAAUGUACCAUUGGUAAUAUCAAAGCAAAAGGGCGGAUGUUUGUGCCUCGGAUAUUUCUAUUCGGUGUUUAUCUAUAUUCAGGCAGGCGAUGUUAUGGGGGUAAAGAUUUAAGGAAUGUGAGGGUCCGUAGGGAAAAGUGUAUCGGGUACGCAGCGUUAACUCGGGUUGUGCGACGGGCUUUCCCUUGGUAAUCAUGUUUGAUGUGACCUUGGUGCUGAAUUCCUCGUUGCUGCGCCUCGGCGCUUCACGCCAUCCGUUCGGAGGGAAAAUCUUUAGCAUAAAUGCGUGGCUUUCGAUUAUUAUUCUUUAACAGAGACACCAUAUCGGGCUAUUAGGGGACGUUUGCGAGCACCUGAGCGGGGCUCACUCCCCCGUAGCGCGUUCUGCUGCCGUCAAAGCAAAUGAGCGAGCGGGGUUAAAGGGCAUCUGGUUCCCGCUGAGAGGGAGGAAGGGAGGCUGUCACCAGCCGGCACCACCAGCCGCCAUCCUGUCGUCGGAAUUUUUCCCCAGCACCUCAGCAAGAACAGAACGGCGGAUGUUUCCCAUUUUCUGGCAGGCGGCGGAGCUCCCAAACGUUACGGAGAUGGGGAGCCAUGGCAAGAGGUGUUGAGAUUGCCUAUUAUGAGUUUGUUUACGACGGUCAUCCAGCAGAAGUUUUGAAAGGGUUACAGGAGUUGAAGAGUAAGAAGCAUCUGAUGGAUGUGACACUGGUAGCUGAGGGGAAGGAGAUCCCCUGCCACCGCGCCGUUCUCUCGUCCUGCAGCGGCUACUUCAGGGACAUGUUCUGUAACGAACUGGAGGAGACCAAGAAGGAUAAGAUCGAGAUCAUGGGGAUCACAUCCGAAGCGCUGCAGCUCUUGGUGGACUUUGCCUACAGUUCGAAAGUGACCAUCACCACUAUCAACGCCCAGCCUUUAUUCGAGGCAGCUAAUCUUCUGCAGAUUCUCCCCGUACGCGAUGCCUGUGCGCGGUUCCUGGCAGAUCACCUGACGCCCAGCAACUGCCUGGGCGUGUGGGUGCUAUCCCACACGUUGGCGUGCGAGGAACUGGCCAACAGGUCGCGAGCCUUUUCCUUGAGACAUUUUCCGAUGAUCUGCCAACACGAUGAGGAAUUUGUCCAGCUCCCCGGAGAUCUGCUGAAGAUGUACAUCUCUGACGACUACCUCAAUGCUCAGGAGGAGGAGCAAGUGUUCGAGAUGGUGAUGAAAUGGGUGAAGCACGACCUGCGACAGCGCAAAAAAUUCCUGAAAGAGGUCGUGGAGGAUAUCAGGUUCCCACACAUGGACCAAAUCUACCUUAUGAGGAGUGUUGAAGCUGACGAAGUUGUCAUGAAGGUCCCCGGAAUCCGAGAUGUCCUACACGAGGCCAGGAUGUACCAUAUCUCCCGAGGGGAAGUCUCGUCCCCUCGUACAAGACCGCGCCUUGCUUAUGGCCUACACGAGGCAAUGGUGGUGCUAGGAGGGACCCGCGUUGUCAAUGGUGAGUACAAUAAUGAUGUCUACUGCUUUGUUCCUGCGUAUAGUCAAUGGAGCAAACUAACAUCUUUGCCUAAAGACCUGAAGAACACUGUGGAAUAUGCUGCCACAACACUCAAUAAUGACAUCGUAAUAACGGGAGGAUAUUGGAGCCCUACGGCAGCUUGGCUGUACUCCACUCAGUUCAAUACUUGGAACAAACUUCCUCCUCUCAGCGUGGGAAGGUUCCGACACAAGAUGGCCACCUUGGAUGGACGCGUGUAUGUCCUGGGCGGCAAGAAUCCCCGAGGAUCGCUGCAGGUCUUACCGUCCUUGGACAGUGUGGAGAUAUACGACCCUCCCUCCAACACGUGGAAACCGUCGGUUCCCCUCCUGAAGGGGGUUCGGGCAUGUGCCAUAGCCACCUGCGAGGGGAAAAUGUACGUGAUUGGAGGGAAAGAUACAGACCAAACAGCCACCGACGCUGUACAAAGUUACGAUCCGGUGCAAAAACGAUGGAGCUUUAGGACUCCCAUGCCCAUGGCCGAGUCUUGUUUCAGUGCCACUAGUGUAAACGCCCUCAUUUAUGCUGUAGGAGGGAGAUUCCAAGCAAUACAAUGUUACGAUCCCAACACGGAUAGAUGGCAGGAGCUGGCGCAGUCCCUGGCCCCUUGGGAUUACUGCAGCGUGACAACGUGUGAUAACAAACUCUACGUCACCGGUGGGAGGGUAGAAGACAAAGUGAAGAAGGGGAAGGACACGGUGCAGUGUUACGACCCAGCAAAUGACCUCAUUGAGCUCGUGCACCCGAUGCCUGUCAAGCUUUUUGCACACUGCGCAGUCACCAUCUUAAAACGCAGAAGGAUCUUUUCCUCUAGGCUACAAAACUCCGACUGACAGUAUCUCUACCUAUUUCCAGGCAAGCCGACUCGCAACUCGUAGCGGCCCAAAGGUCUUCCACCACUAAAUGCUUUUAUUAGGGACAAACAAAGUCCCAAGAUGAUCAUGGCCAUGAAAAACCCAGAAGCACUCUCAACAGCUCAAGAUUAUCUGAUUUCUCCUGACCGUUCUACACAAGACAAGGCCAAAGUGAACAGAAGCUGAAAGCAAUGAUAUGAAAGUAACAUCUGUUAAAAAUCAUUAUUUCCUGGGGGUUGUUUUGCAUGUUUUAGGUAGUGGAAGAUUAUCCAAUACUUUUUGGAGGGCCUGGAAACUAUUGAAAUAGGAAACUUUGACAUUGUUGACAAUUUUAGGAAGACUUCCUACGCAAGAUAAAUUAUUGUUAAAUGUUUCAAAUCAGCAUACAAUAGAAAAAACAGCAACCAGUUUUCUUCACCUUUAUCUUUUAACUUUCUCCUUGUAGCAUAAUGCUCAACAAGACACAACUUUGAUGGCAUGAUGAAUCCUAUAACAGGGAGAAGGUUAAACCACAUACACACCCUCAUUCUUGACCAGGCCCCUCCAAGACCCUUUUAGAUAAUGGUUUAUUGUGGUGUGUUAGACAUGAAUAAUUCUAAAUGACUUCAACCCAAGAGAAAAAAUACCUAGCAAAUUUAAAUCUUAUAUUAUGUAACUUUGUAGUAAGGGUGUGUGGUGACAGUACAAUUAACUGUGACAAUCUUAAGAUAAGUGACAAUGGGAAAGAGAUGAGUUGGACAUGAUUAUAAGUUAAGAAACCAUGUACUUGUGCAUUGUUGCUUCCCAUGUGCAGUGAGUCACACAAGAAGUAAGGGCAGCUUAGAUGGACAGAAAGCGUGUGUAGUCUUACAAGAUAACCACAACAAAAUAUUGUUAAAUUCUCUACAAAACUGCUCAAAGCUGCCUCUUCACUGUGAUAGCUUAAGGUUUUGGUAACGUAUAAUUAUUGUUGUCAUAUUAACCUGCGCUAUUUGAACAACUAGUCUGGCCAAAAUGUAUGAUGAUGAUGAUGAUGUGAUGGCAGUUACUGUUUGUUCUAGUGUACAGUGGAACCCUGUAAGGAAUCACAAGGUGGUUUAACUCUCAACGUGUAAUUAUUCUGAUCACUGUCAAAAUCUUUUUAAAGCGACUCAAAACUGUGCCAAAUUUAGUUCAAUGCCAAAAGUAGAGAUAGCAUACUUUCUUUUCUGUAUAAGGGGUUUUGAAGGGAUUUUCUUGCAACAUACAAUGUAUAUUAUACACAACAACGAAAUUAGUACACAGAGAGAACAAUAGUUGGUUUUGGGAAGAUUUCAGACAUCAAGUUGAAUAGGUCUAUUGGUCUUAGAAAGUCGUAAACAAAAUUGCUUGAAAAUGGCCCCUAUAAGUUUUGGCAGAUUCCCCAGCCAUACAACACAAGAACACAAUAAGAUAAUGUGGAUCACAUUGACCCCUUCCCAUUUAGUAUAAUAAUUAUCUGCACAAAUGACUCUUUUGGUAAGAGACAGUCUGAAAAGAUGAACUGAUGACAGUUUACACAUCAAACCCCUGCAUCAAAUGAAUAUUGUUAACCCUGAAAAAGAAGGUAUGUCACAAAAUCUGAAAAAUUUGGGGAACCAGCUUAUGUUUGGUGUAUAUUUAUGGUUGUACAGGUACAAUAUUUUCUGAGCAAUGUACAUGUAAAAGCGCAAAUGUCCGAUAGGGUGUAAAUAGAGGCGAAUUCUUGGCCAUUUCUUCUCCCUAAUUCCUGAAGCAUUGCCCUUCAACACAUUUCCAUGUUACCUACUUGCCAUUCCUCACGUGUCGACAAGUUUCCAUCCCACAAGUGAAAUGGGUUGCAGAUGGAGUGACUACGUGGCCCCACAGAGGAUUACACUAAAGCCAUCCUAAAAUGGAGGUUGGAUCCAGCCGUUGCGUCAACCUUUCUACAGGUCUAGAAAUGAGCUUGCCAAUGACUCCUAGGUCACACAACGCUUGUAUCUUAAUGUAAAGUUUCCAGUCUUCUAUCAGGCCUCACUUGCUUUGAGCCUUCCUCCUACUGUGAGCAGUGUAAUCUUGCAACCAAUUGGUCACUAAAAUCCUGCAGAUAAGACAGCAGUCAUACUAAUGAUAAGCUUUUGCAAUCUACAUGAUUAACUUUCAAACAAUUACUGUUAAUCACAGAAUUUCGACGUGGGCCAAUACACACUUAAUUUUGUCCGCUUGAUGGAAAUUGCUUUCAGCAAACUAGCGCCCUUGUACAUUGAUCACCCCAGCCAUCUUGAAACAGUCUUUCUCCACACAUUUGAUGAAAAAAAGAUAGGGUUCGAUGGAGGUAUUUGCAAAGUGUUGUGCACGGAGCGGAGGUAGUUAUCUACCUAGGCCUUUGGGCAUACUGCAUAAUAGCCUCCAGAAUGUUAGGGGUUACCUCAGAGUUUAAGGGCACUGGACUGUUUAAAGAAUAAUGAGUUCCAGGCAAUGUUUGAGUUUUCUGGUCACAUUCGACUGUUUCUCGGAACAUCUAAAGGUUAAAGAGUAGACAAAUAAUGCCGCUGUUAACGUUUGAUGUAGAAAUAUAUGGGCAAUACAAUUUCUGAUAGGCACUUACCUCAUUAAUAUGAUUAAAACAGCCAUUUGGCCAGACCCUUAAUUGCAAGUUUGAGCAUUUGGGUGGGGACGUGCAGAAAGAUAAAAAACCUUCACCCAUGUCCUUGACAUGCACCAAGUCAUGAUUGUCCAGUUCAUAGGAAAAGGGCACUUUUUUCUCUCACCAAAAGAUAUGACGGAUUGGCUGGCUGUAUAUCACAAAUAUACAUGUUCUCCCAGGGCUUUUAAAAACAUGAUUAGUGCAGGAAGGCCAAAUUAAAGUGCUGUAUCACAGAGAAGGAACCAAAAGAUGUAUUGAGAGGUCAAGGUUCCGCUGGGUCUUGCGUGUCUAUUUUAGAUAAGUCUGCCAGAUAUUAAGGUAAUGGCUACAGGGGCCCAUGUGCAGCACUACCAGUCUUCACGCUGCCUAAACACGAACACAAAAUCAAUAUCACACUGUCUAAUGAAAGAAUCUAUUUGCAACAAUAGUCGUCAAAUGGCCCGGUCUGGUGUAUACCAAAUGAAUGCUAUCCCCAUGUCUAUUCUGGGAAGGCCACUGAACCAGCGUUUCAGAUUUAGGUUUGACAUUUAUUUCUUGCAGCACCACGGUAUAAACAUUGGUGUUAACCAUAUUAGAAACCAUAAGUUAGCCGUCUUACUAAGUCAGCUAAUCAAUGUGGCAGUUUUAUUGUGUGAUGCAGGAGUGGACUACAGCAUACUUGCACAGGUUUUCUCUUUUCUGUCGAGAGGCCCUAGGGGUAAAUUUGAAAAGCAAUGCAAAUACGAAAUGUCAACAGUUCUUGCCGGCAAUAUUGAAUGUGAUGCAAUAUUUUCCAUUGGAUACAAAUGAAAACUGGUAUUAGGCCGUUCUGAAAUGAUCCGAACUUCGCAAAAAAAUUUGGCUGCAGGGUCCACAAAAGGGACCUGUCCUUAAUUGAGUGGAGAAUGGCUGGGGAGGAACUUUAAGUCCCUUAUUAAGUCCAGCAAGUUGCAAGGCCUGACCUGAAUAUUGGCGUCCUGUUCAUCUUAGUCUGAUUAGAUUGGGUCAGUUCAGCCUCAUCAAGUCGAAUCCCUGGUACUCAUCACUUAUUCAGACUUGCUCCUCCAAAAUAACCAUCACUGCCUAUCAUUACAUGUAACAUUUGUUCAGCAUUAUCCGCGGGGUAACCUAUAUCCGUUGCUGUCAGAGAUAUGGGUGUUUAGGGAUGUUAAGUCGACAGCUGAGAGUUUCAAACUACAAUAUCUUGAACAUAUUACAACU